AAACAGUUAGUUAGGCAGUUAUUAGUUGAUCGUAGGAUAUAAAACGAGAUAAUAAAAAACAUAGUGACCUGAAUUUAAAUGACCACCUCCCUGAUGUACGGAAAGCCGGGGAUGUUCAGAAGCGGCCCAAAACAGUUGUUCUUAAUCUGUAUUUGCGUGUGUUCCUCUGUGCUCUUUUAUUUUUUGUGUCGAACAAUAGAUAAAAAGAAUCCUGCGUUAGAUAUAAAUGAAAUGAUAAAAGACAGAAGAAACAUUGACCUAGUGUUUAUAGGAGGAAGUACGCACAGUGGUACAAGUUUGAUUAGAGCAAUGUUGGAUUCUCACCAAGAAAUUUAUUGUGGAUACGAAACAUGGCUGAUGAGAACUAUCUUAGGCGGAUUGGAAAGGUGGAGAGAAUUUAAUCAGAAGCACUUCUUGGUGAACGCUGGAGUCUACCCAGAGGCACUAGAUGACGCAAUUGCGCAAUUCAUGUUGGAAGUAAUUCUCGGUCACUGUCCGACAUCUAAACUAUGUUGCUACAAGGACACGUAUAUCUUAACCUACGCAGAGUAUAUCCACAGAUUGUUCAAAAAUGCUAAAUUCAUUCACAUGGUCAGAGAUCCAAGAGCGGUCGUUUAUUCAGAACUAUCACAGAAAGAUCCAAACAAUGUCAACAAUGUCACAAGUUAUUGGAUGAAUUUUCAAAAAUGGGAUGAGGAUAAUUUAAUAAUAUUGGACAAAUGUGCGGAUUUAGGGAAAAAAUAUUGUUUGUUAGUCAAAUAUGAACAAUUGAUAUUGAAACCCGUGGCGCAAACAAAACGAAUAUUCGAAUUUCUUGGAAUUCCAUGGAGCGACGAAGUUUUACAUCACGAAAGACAUAUCAACAAAUCUUUAAUAUUAAGAUCAGAAGAAUAUGUGAGUGAAGAUUUAUUCAAACCUCUACAUUUGAAUGGACUAAAGAGUUGGUUUGGGAAUCUCCCAAAAGAAAUUGAAGAGAAUCUCGGACAGAAUGGAAUUGGUCAAUUGGUGUAUUUUGACUAUGAUCGAAAAGAGCAUACUCCGAAUUAUGGCCGGCCUGAUGAAUUUAUGAUGAAAAGGAUAAAUAAAUAGGAAUUAUAGAAAAAACGAUAUUAAAUGAUUGCUUCCAUCGCAAGUAUUGAUGAGUUUUUUUCGGAAUUAGUCGAAUUCUUUUGUGGGAAUUGUCCAAUUUCGUUGCAUUUCUUGGUGAAAAUUGUAAAUGGCACCAAACCAACUAAAAAAAAUUUCCAUUAUUGUACAUCAUUGCUAAAAUUACUAAACGAAUAAAAGUUAAUAUUAUAAUAUUUAAUUUUCAUUGGUUGAUAAAUGAUACAUUUUGGUACAAGUGAAUCAACGAACAAUAAAUAUCGAUAAUUGAAUUAUUUUCGUAUAUUUCCGAACGAUUGAUUAUUCAUCUAGCAAA